AUGCUAUCAAGAACUGUAUCAAAGGUAGCUUGUGCUCGUCCGGUAUGGAGAAGAUUAUAUGCAAAUUCUUCAAAUAACGUGAGAUCUUCUGAAUCUACACCAGAAGUGGAGCCCAAAAUCAACAGGUUUGCCAAACAAUACGCCAAGCAAGGUCAAACUCGAAAUCAGUUACAAAAAGAAACGAAUCGUCAGACUCAAAGAAAUCCAAAUGCAUUCAAUGAAGCCUCUAGUAAAAACAGCAGAAACUACAAUAAACAAACUUCGGUAAAACAGGAUUUAGAGAAAUUAAAGCAAAAUCGUUCUCAGCAAGUACAUUCUGGACAGGAAAAGGUUUCAAAACCUAGCUCAGCCAAUUUGGGUUCGCGUGCUACUUCACAAGCACGGACUUCUGUGCUGCCAUCUGUACCUCGUAAGCGGAUACAGCCAAAGAAACUCAGAAAAACAGUUAAGAAAUUGGUUAAGAUACAGCUUCCCCCUUUUAUCACUGCUUCCAACCUAGCUACAAUUAUGCAUGUACCCCUUAACGAUGUUUUUAGAAAAUUGGAGGGUUUGGGGUUUGAAGAUAUCAGACAUAACUAUAUUUUGGAUAGGGAGAAUGCUGCAAUGGUGGCAGAUGAAUAUGGUAUUGAGGUUGAUGUCAAGGAUGAGAGUGGUGACGAUUUAUUUCCCGCGCCAGUUAAACCAGAUUUACUAGAGGAAAGGCCACCAGUUGUCACCAUCAUGGGACAUGUUGAUCAUGGGAAGACUACUAUCCUUGACUACUUGAGAAAAUCGUCUAUAGUAUCACAAGAGUUUGGUGGUAUUACUCAGCAUAUAGGUGCUUUCUCUGUGACAACUCCAAAGUCGAAAAAGAGAAUCACUUUUUUGGAUACACCUGGACAUGCUGCGUUUUUGAAAAUGAGAGAAAGAGGUGCCAUAAUUACUGAUAUUGUUAUCUUGGUGGUUGCAGCAGAUGAUUCUGUUAUGCCUCAAACCAUUGAAGCCAUCAAACACGCUAAAAAGUCUGGUGUGCCAAUGAUUGUAGCAAUAAACAAAUGUGAUAAACCAGGAGUCAAAAUUGAGAAAGUUUUGAGUGACCUUUCACUGCACAAUGUGGAUAUAGAAGACUAUGGCGGUGAAACACAAACAGUACAAGUUUCGGGAAAAACUGGCUUAAAUAUGGAUAAAUUGGAAGAAGCAGUCAUAACUUUGAGUGAAAUGUAUGAUUUUAAAGCUGAACCGAAGGGAAUCCAUGCAGAAGGGUGGAUUAUCGAAUCAGAGGUGGUCAAGGGAAUGGGUAAUGUUGCAACAGUAUUAGUUCGAAGAGGCUCUUUGAAAAAUGGUGAUAUUAUUGUGGCUGGUAAAACAUUUUGUAAAAUAAGAGGAAUGAAAGACGAAAAUGGAAAAAUGGUUAAAUUAGCAGGACCAUCAACACCGGUGAGGAUUUGGGGCUGGAAAGAUUUACCUGACAGUGGGGAUCAGAUUUUACAGGCAAAUUCCGAACAGAUCGCAAAGAAAGUAAUUGAUCAUCGUAUUACCAGAUCACAAGAGAUCCAGGCAACCAGAGACAUUGAAGAUAUUAAUGUGAAACGAUUAGAGGAAAUAAAAGAGGCUGAGCGAUUGGAGAAAAUUGCCGAAUUGAAGAAAGCCGGUUUGGAUACCAGUACAUUGGAAAAAGCUGAACAGGACAAAAAGUCUAUAAAAUGUAAUUAUAUUGUGAGGUCUGACGUGUUUGGAUCAGCAGAGGCAAUUAAAGAGAGCAUUGAUGGAUUGGGCAACGAAGAAGUUGAGUCUGUUGUUAUAUCUCAUGAAGCCGGCCCUCCAACAGACAGUGAUAUUGAACUUGCUAAAACUUUUGGUGCUACUAUUUUCUGUUUUAAUAUGAAAGUACCAAAGCCUAUUGCUGUUCGUGCUGACAAAGAAAAAGUUAAAGUUAAAGAGCAUAAUAUUAUUUAUAGGUUGAUUGAAGACGUUACGGAUGAAUUAAGUUCUCAUUUGAAACCAAGGGUAGAAAUCAAAACCUUGGGUGAAGUGGAUAUAAAAGAUGUGUUUGUGGUAACUGUUAAAAAGCAGAAAGUCAAGAUUGCUGGUUGCAAAGUUGCAACAGGAUCCAUAGAAAGUUCAUCGCAAGUGAAGGUAUUACGUAAUGGUGUAGAGGUUUACUGCGGCAAAUUAUCGUCUUUGAAACAUGUUAAGGAUGACAUCACUGAAGCUACAAAGGGCAAAGAUUGUGGUAUAGCAUUUGAGAAAUGGCAAGAUUUUGAAGCAGGGGAUAAGAUACAGGUUUAUGAAGAAAUCCUACAUAAAAGAUACUUGUAA